AUGCUGUCGAUCGAUACGAUGAGGAGAGCUUAUCCUCUGUCGAAGAUCCGAUCACAGAAGUCUCAUCCGACGCGUUCAUCCCCUCCACGGAUACGUAUCGGUAAACGAGACACGCCUGCACACACGCCUAUCACCACGGCUGCCAUACCAGUACAACCCGACUACGGUUUCUACAUAAGGAUUAUCAUAUGCUUACUUGCUGGUUUACUUUUCCUGAACACGUUAUUAUUGUUCCGAGUGAAUAGGAUCGAGUCUCAACCGACUCUUGGAGAAGAUGUCGCACAAGUGCUCAAGAAACUCGCCGAUCAAGGCAAACCAGAUCAACAAACAGCGGCACUCGAAAAUCUACUCGAGACAGUUAAUCAAUUAGCCAGUGACUUACAAAAAUUGAAAAUGCAGAUCUCAGCCAAACAAGAGUUAUAA